UGCAGCUAAAUUAUAUCACGAUAGGUCUUAAUUUUAUUUAAAAAUAGAUGAAAAAUCCCAAUUUCAAAGGUGCCCCACUUUUAAAGGUCCCCAAUUUCCCCUAAGUGCAUGUGACUGUCCCUUAUAUUUCUAUUUUUCAACUUUACCCUAUAAAAAUAGUUAAAGUAUGGGGUAAAAUUAUAUUUGUUUAGUUGUUUAUGAAUGGGUUUUGUGAUAUUGCAAAAAAAUUUACAAUGUUAAAAAAAACAGGAAAAAGGCCUUGCAUUUGGGAUAAGGUGAAAAAAAAACAAGAAAGAUCUCAACAUCUACUAGCAAUAUUCUUGAGAUCUACAGGAUGGCGUGGUCGCUAGCUUGAUUUCACGUUUUUGUCCGCCAUUUUGAUAUCAAGACCUUUUCAGAACGUUUUUUAUAUUCCGGUCUACGUCAAGCAAUUACCUAGAUACAGAGGCUCAAACUUUCAAAUUUUGAAAUAAUCAUAUUUUUGCAGUAGAAAUUUAAGAAAAUUGAAUUGGAUUAUUCUUGAGAGAUAAAUUUGGAAUAGAUGUAGGGCGUUAGAAACCGCUUUUGGAAUCAAACUUUUUUUAUAUUGUUAUAUACUGUUAUAUUGUUAUAUACUGUAACAUUGUAGACCAGAUUGGCGAAGACCUUUAAUAAAUCCUAGAAUUAAAGGAAAACAGGAUAGGGAGUAUCUUAAUAUUUUGUGAAUUUCACUUAUUUUAGACGAUUUUUAGAGUUUUUGUACGCUUCGGAAAAGUCUUCAAAUCGUAAAAUACUCAAUGAAGUCAAGUUCAUUUUGUCAGACCCGUCAGGGAAUCUGUAAGGGCGGAGCCCUUAAGGCAAUCGCUUGGAUAGGCGCCUUGGCCGCCAUAGUUUUCCCCGAAUCUAAAUGAUCCUUCUAAUUAUCUAAUGAUCUAUUACUUACGAAGUUCCAACAUAAACUAACUUGCAAUACUAAUUCUCUCUACGAUACCCCUCCCGAAGGGGUAACUCCCAGGCUGACACUAGGAACAGGAACGCUCUUAGGAGAAAUCGGCGCCGCUCCGAGAGAAAUUUAUGAUGUCGAUUUAAAUACCAACGGGGGUAUAACCGUUUAAGGAAAAUAAUUAUGUGUACCCUUUUCUAUUUUUUCCUAAAAAGCUAAGGAAAUAAAAAUAAAAUAAGGAACAAUUAUUUCUAGUAGGGGAAAACUUUCAGACUUCGCACACAUUCUGGCUUGUAACACUUCAUAUUUUUCCCAUCUCUUUAAUGAAUCUGACCUAAUAGCAAAAUAUUUUAAUAGCCAGUCUUAGGCCACACAUGUCCUGUGAAAAUUAACUCAAAUUCAUUUAAGGGAUAUAUAAAAAAAAUAUGAAGUUUUCGAAGCCGGUGUGUGUGCGAAGCCAGAAAAUCUAUCCCUAUAUUUUUUUUAUUUCUUUUACGAUGGGUGUAAAGUGCAAUUACAACCUAUAAUUUAAUCCAUUAUCACCUUUUUUUUCGAAGCUCACAGAAUAUCUUUUCUGUUACGAGGUUUAAAAGUACACGCAUCACUAUGAUAAUAAUUGUAACAACACACGUGUCACAUGACGAAAUUUUAAAUUUAUGUAAAUGUUACACAUCAAAUAUAGAUUAAUUUUUUGUGUGUUCAAAAAACUACAUGAAGUACUUUAUUACUUCAUCAUUUACUUGACCUGUAAAGUCUUAUAGCUUAAAAUUUGCAUAAUCUGCCCAAAAUAUGAUGAAUAUGAAGAAAGGUCUUUUCUAAUAUCCCUUUUGAUAUUAUUUUUUUCAAAAUGUAAACAUGUCAACUUUAAUGUUAACUUCAACAUUUGGUUGAUCUUGAAUUUUAUUUACUUAAGCUCGAAAUAAGACAAAAAAGUGUUUUUUUUCUAUUUAAAAAAGAAAAACUAUUUAUUCUUUAGACAAUGCUGAAAUACUAAAUGUAAAUUACUAUACUAUUUGAACAAAUGACUAAAAGAAGAAUUGAUGUCUUAUUUGAAAUAGUUUUUUUUUUACAAAAUGCUUUUACAGCUGCGGUGAGAAAAAAAAAUUAUAGCACGUCAGGAUUUAAUAAGAUAGUACCAGAAAGCUCUUUCAAGAUUAUUUUCUUGAUGUAGCAAUAAAAGUUUUGUAAGAAAAUUGUGGCUCACUUCUCGUACACAGAGCUUAUCUCUAUAUAGCCACUUUAUGUGAUAAUUUGGUUGUUACCUAAUUUUGAUAAUAAAUACUAUGUUGGUGUGUGAUAUGAAAGAGUAUAAAAAAGUAAACUAAAUUUAUAUGCAUAUAUUCUAAACUAAAUAGCAUAAAAAAAAGAAUGGUGUCUGACCAAAUUGGUUGCUUUAGUAGUGAUAUUUGGUCAAAUGUACGUGUAUUAAAUGCGUGAAAGAGGCAUCCAAUUUGCACAAUGAAAAAUUGUGAACCAAAAGACUGGUAAAGUGAAGUUUUUUUUUUCUCAUUCACUCUUAUCAUUGUCGCAUCCUAUUUAACUUGUAACUGUCUAGGCAUAAAGUAUUUAUGUACAAUUUACGCAGCGAUACGAUUAAAUCCAGAGUUGGAUUUUCUGUCGUAUGAUUCUGUUAAGAAAUAAUUUAGAUAAAAAAUAUAUAAUUGCAGUUCAUUGAUAUUGCUAGGUUUUCGUGGUGUGGAAACACAUUAACAUGGAAUUUCAUCAUAGAAAAUUUUAUUGCAAGGCAUUUUGACUUUGACUUUGAUUGACGUUAACGUAGUACUUUUGACAUAACCCUAAAUAAUAGUAAUGAAUUGAAAUGAAAAGUGUCUUCGUGAAAAUGAAAAGUGUCUUCGUGAACUUGAUGAUUUUGCAAGGUUAUGUUGAAAAUACAAUGUGAUGUGACAUUAGGUUUUGUGAAAAGAAAUAAGACUUAGAACAUCAGGAUACAGUAGAGGUUAAUUCGGCUCUUGUAAGAUCGGACUACUUUUUAAUUCAAGCGGCAGUUACGUUUGAAAAAACUAUCGCAAAUUAUCUGUCAAAAAUCGCAUUUUUGACAGAAUUUUGACGUUUCUACGUACAACAGUGCGGACGAUUUCCUUCAAAAGAGCCAUUUUUGACGAUAACUUCUUACAAUGUGUAGACAGUAGACACCCUAAGAACAAAAAAUCGUAAGAUUUCAAAAAAUUUGACGUCCGAUUUUCUCUCUAUUUCGCGUGACAUUUUGAUCCCAAAUGCCCGAAUUUGAGAGAGUCUACUGUAAAGUGAAAUUUAAAUGAAACUUAACGGAUUCUCAUGUAGUCACUGAUGGUUGCCGAUUAUAUAUAAAAUGCGGUUCCCGAAAAAGAGGGUCACUACCUAGUGAGUGUUAGUGUCAGUAGUCUGGAAGCGGAUUUACCACAAUAUGUUUUAUGAUUAUGAUGUCAUCACACCUAAAGUUUAUGUCGAAUCCUUACUAAAAUGAUCUAUAUGGUUUGAGGAUAAGCUAAAUACCUUUUUAGACAAUAAUUCCAUAUAGGCAUGGCCUUAAUAAUAUUUUUAAGUCCAGAGGAUUAUCUGUCGGUGCUUAGAAGAUUAUCUACAAAAUUAUCUCUCUCCUAAGUGCAGUAGUAAAAUCUCGUUUCGUAUUUUUUAGCGUUUCUUAUUUGAUAAUUUUGGAAUUGAUGUAGGUAUACUUGUUUAGGAGAUGUUGUGAGGUGUUCAUUACGGUAUUAAUGCCUAUGUUCUAGCUCAUUUCAAUUUUUUCGUAUACUUCAUGUGAGCAACACAUAUGUUUCCUGAAGUAACUUUCUGAAGUUCAGCCCAGGUGUAUAGGUACACGUUUAAACGUGUUAUUCGAAUAAAGAAUCAUGAUUUGUAGGGUCGUUCGUUGACUGGACUAACAAUUGUCAAACAGGAUGUAGGAUAUAAUAGUUUCAAAACUCUUUCUAAUAUUUAACCAGGGAUCGAACCAUGAGCCUCUUUUGAGUUACUGAGAUAUCUCUAGCACAGAAGUUCUAUGUUAAUAUGUUUUCAUUGUUAUAUUCAAAAAGUGUCAAAUCCAAAUGUUUUAUUCUUUCACGAGGGACAAGAAAUGAUAAUGUUAUAUCGCGAGUGAGAGAAGUGAAUGUGUGAAAAGGAAGUGCUCAAUGUCAUUUAAAUGUUUUUUUUUUCGGCUGAAAUGAUCACAAAUUUUCUUUUAUUGAAUAUUUUGUUGAAUAUAAUACUCGCUUCGACUCUGGUUAAAAUCUGGGAUCACUUGUAGCACUGAUGAUGUUUUGCUCCAAGAGACUCCCAGUGUCUGUCGAUUGGUCAGUGCUCUGUGUGGUGUUUCGGAGUGAAGUUGCGUUUUACGUCCGAUUUCGCCGAAUUGAACACUCAUUUUUAUUAUAUAUAUAUAUAGCAAUAUCGUCACAAGAUGAUAUUUAAAAGUGUUUUUUUGGAGUUUUGCUAUAUUUUAAAGAAUUUAAAUAAUUAAAAUGCAUUUUAUUAUAAAUUCAUUCCUUUCCUCUCUCUUCGUUAACUAACUUUUCUCCGGAGAGCAGUUUCUGCCAAGUUUUAUAUCUGUUUAUUUGUGGGGCAGAUAAUUAAAACGAGUUCUCGUGCAAAGUGAAGUGUACUGAAUAGUUAAGGAGAAACAAACAAAACAACAAAUAUUUAUUAAAGAAAAAAGAAGCAGAAGUCAUAUUGCAUUUAUUGAGUCGCCUGAUCUCUUGGUGUCGUGAUAAAGGAAGAACAAGAGGAGAAUGAUGUGCUAUUUGAGAAGAAUAAUAGCGAAGUGACCAUGCGUACAUGAUAGAAAUUGAAAUUAUAGUUAAUUAACAUUUUGUUUAAGAGAAAAUUGACUUGAUUAUCUAUGGAUAAAGUGAGGUUAAGACAAAGUUUUUAAUUUAAAAAAAAAAACAGCAGUGUUUGAAGAGUGUUUGGACUAAUAGAAGACUUAAGAAAUGAGAUUCUCAUGCCCUCAGUGGGGAGGAGAGACUGAUCUCCAAAGAAAAUAUUCCAACUCAGGAUGGAUUUAUCCGACAAACCCAUAUAGGAAUUAUGGAGUUAAAAUGACUGUUGGCAAUGGUGGUAUGGCACAGAGAGCACACAGAAAAGUUCUAAGAAUACCAUCUAAGAGACAUCCUGGAAAGUCAUUACCUGGCAAAUUACACUCCAUGACAAGAAUAGGACCUGGUAAAAUUAUUAAGAGUCAUCCAGGGAAGAGGAUUAUUCAGAGGCAAACACCACCACCGUGUGAUAAUUCGAAUGACAGUGGACUGGGUUUUGAUCAUCACCUUGAGAUGCAAUAUUCAGUUGGUGUUAGGAAUGCCCAAAAUUCAAGAUCGAAUGUGACUGAUGAUGGAAAUGAUGAUGAUGGCCGUAAAAGAGAAAUUGCAGUAAAGGCAACAACUGUAACAAAGCGUCGCAAAGUAAACAAAAUGAAGGUACAGGUGGAUGAUGAUUCAUGCAGUAAUGAUGCAUUCGCUUUUUCUAAACGUACAUCAAGACGUGGAAAAUCAACAUCAACAUCUACGACAUGUGCUCAAAAUUCAUCAAAUCCUUCCCCUCCCAACAAUAAACUAAUGGCAGCUCCGCGUCAUGGAAUGUCACGACCACUUGUGCGACGUGCCAUGGGUCCGGUGAAUCUGCAAACCCAAAUUGGUGGUAUCUCCAAGAAUGGACAGUAUCAGUUGCAAAUAGUGGCACAGCCGGAGCAACAGCACCGGGCUAGGUAUCAGACUGAGGGUAGCCGAGGAGCUGUGAAGGAUCGCAGUGGAAAUGGUUUUCCCAUUGUCAAAUUGGUGGGAUAUGACAAACCGACGGUGCUGCAAGUGUUCAUUGGAACGGAUGUGGACAGAGUGGCGCCACAUAUGUUCUACCAGGCAUGCAAAGUGUCUGGCAAAAAUAGUACUCCAUGCGUAGAAAAGAAGGUGGAUGGUACGAUGGUGAUAGAGUUAGAGUUGAAGCCCGAACAGGAUAUGACUGUGACGUGUGACUGUGUUGGAAUUCUCAAGGAGCGAAAUGUCGAUGUUGAACACAGAUUUCCGGAUCAGUCGACGCCGAGGAGCAAGAAGAAGUCCACAAGAUGUCGCAUGGUCUUCAGGACAAUUGUUACUAAUGACGAUGGCACAACAGAAUCACUUCAAGUCUGCUCUCAACAGAUCAUUUGCACCCAACCACCAGGGGUUCCGGAAAUUUGCCGAAAGUCCCUGACAUCGUGCCCUGCAUCUGGAGGAUUGGAACUCUUUGUAAUUGGUAAAAAUUUCUCAAAAGAUACUCGUGUUGUCUUUCAAACACAGAAACUCUCAUCGGGUGAAGUGAUAUGGCAAGAAAUGGUUAUUCCGGAUAAAGAGUACUUGCAACAGACUCAUCUGAUAUGUACAGUGCCACCGUACAUGACCACAGAACUGCCUGAACCGGUGAAUGUUCACUUGUUUAUUGCGGCAAGUGGCAAAAAAAGUGAAUCCCACAAUUUUAUGUAUACACCGAAUAAUGCAAAUGCCGGAGCUCUUGCAGCUGCCACAACGCGAUCAUUGUCACAACAGCAAGAUGUGCGAUAUGACGAGCAGAACAGUAAGAAUGGCGUUUGUCCGGUGAUGCUAUGGAGUUCGGGGGGUAUUGAGCCGAAGAAUGAGAUAGAUUCGGGAAUGAUGCCACCACCAACAACCCUCCCACUGAGCGUGAGACGACCAUCGUCCACGGGUACCAUUCUACCAGAUGCUCUGUCGCCGUCUAAUGUUGUGACGGCCCUCAAGACGGAGAUUGUCGAUGAGAACUCACAGAAUUCAAUGGGUGCUAAUGAUGGCAAUAGCAAUGACUAUGAGGGUAGAUCACCAGAUCCAGGAGCACUGUAUGGGCCAAAGAUUCAUGGGCCAAACAUUGAAUUGAUGGACGAAAGUUCAAAUUUGUCCAUGAUUGUCAAUGAGAAUUCCAUGGAUAUGACAAGUGUCUAUCCACCAAGUGGACAUUCUGGCAGUCUUCUGAUGCCGGCAGUUCAUGCUGCCAAUGAACUCUCUGCAAAAGUGGCAGCAGUUCAGUUGCAUCAAUUUGUAAAUGGUGGCUCUGGUGAGGCUCAGACACAAGUAUCACCAGCUCAAACGGUGCAAAAUGUUCAGAAAUUUCUGGAGAACAAUGUUCCAGGUGCGCUCUUCACAACGGCUACCAAUGGAAAUGUUUCAACAUCAACCACAACGGGACCUGGAAUCUUUUCACAGAUAAGUGGGAUGAAUUCGAAUCGAACUACUGCCAUGGAGACUAACUUCAUGUCAACUGGUCCAUUGGCCAUUCAGUGCGAUAAUUCUGGUGCAGCUGACCAAAUACUCUGCAACAAUUCAUCACCCUCAUCCACAAGUCGAUCACCAUUGUCUCAGGAUAUUAUUCUCAAUUCUCAGUCAGUUGUCACGUUGUCUGAGGUGAAUGGCAUGAAUGUACUGUCAUCGCCAUCAUUGCCAUCAGCAACGACACAGAGUGAUCACACAAUGUCUCCGGACAUUAUCAUGAAUCCCACUGUAUCGCCAUCGAUGUUGUGCUCAGGAAGUGCUGGUGGUCAUUCUCCCAUGCUUGAGACUCAAGUGCCACUUUUGUCCAUCCCUCAGACAGCCCCAGAAUCCAUGAUGAAUUCCAUGAUAUCACCAAUUCUUGCCAGUCCGCAGUCUGAUCAUAAGGCACCACAAACACCAACAACAACUGCCUCAAAUACCGUUCACAAUAUGAUUCUCAAUGAAAUUCUCACGUCGCAACAGAAUCCAAUUACCACCGAAUCCAUGGAGGCUCUUAUGUCAUUCAAUUCAGCUACAUCGAUGCUUCAGGAGUCAACGCCAGUUACGACUUCUCAUAUGAUUCUCACACCACAGGCACCAGAUGGCGACAGUGAUUCAAGUGCACGACAGCAACAGCAACAGCAGCAGCAACAACAACAGCAGCAGCAGCAACAACAACAACAGCAACAACAGCAAAUUGCACAAAAUACUGCAAUUUACACGGAGGCAGCAGCAGCUCAUGCUGCAGCAGCUGCAAUCAUGGCCGGAGCAUCGGACAUGAAUUCCAACACAAAUACAACUGGCUCGAAUAUUCUCAGUGGGAAUGUGACGGAGAAUCUCGUUGCUUCCAAUCACAUGAUAAACAAUCAUGAAAUUCGAGUUAGUGCAAAUGGAGAUCUCCAUGUGCAGAGGGUGCAGAAUGAUAUUGGGAGGCGAACGGAAAAUAUGAUGCAAACAGCAGCUUUAGUACAGAAUGUUAUAGCCAAUCCAUCGGCGAAGGUGGACCUGGGUGGGCCGUCAAAUAACAUUGCCGAUGGGACAAAUCACCAUCAACAACCAACAACAGGGACUACAACAAUACCUCAAGAGAUUGCAACCAUGUCUGAUCACGAUCUAAUAAGCUACAUCAAUCCCAGCUGCUUCGAUCAAGGUAUGAUCCCCUGAAUUUCCUGCAAAUUCAAAAGUGCUGCAAUAUAAUGGUUCCCGUUUCUCUAUUCUUUUUUUGUUUUCAGAAUUUCAGUGAGUUCAAAACAUAUAAUAAGUUUAUUAUCGUAAAUAUUUUUUUUUUAAAAAGGGUUUUGCUUUUUUUUUUUUAAAUGAUGUUUUAUUUUACAUUUUUUUUGGUAGAAAAUGUAAAAGAAACAGAAAUAAGUGGUGUGGAUUUUUUUUUAAUAAGGAUUAAUAUCUAAUGAACUACAUUUGACUUUUUUUUUCUUUUUAUCAACAACUUUUUUCAUCUUUUUUCCAAUGAAAAAGUUGAAAAAUUGAACAAUGGACGUGAGAGAGAUGCUUGGCGUUGAAAUUCGAGAUUCUGAUACUGGUUUCUCCUCAAUUUCUGUCCUGUACAUAAAUUAUUGCGUGUCUUUGAAAUUAAUGACAGAAUUUUACUUCAAUGGAGAUGUUGAGUUUUUUUUUAUUAAAUAAUUAUUUUGUUCUGAGAUAUUUUUUUUCUAAUUUACAUAGUCGUAAAACUCUGAGAUAACACUAUGAAAUAGAUGUAGAGACGUAAGAAAUGGAAAUACUUUAAGUAUUAUUUAAAGAAAAGAGAAAUGCAUAAUUUUUUUUUAAUUUUAAAUGAAUAGAUUUAUAAAUUGUCUUCAUUGUUGAAUUAAAGUGUUUUUUCAUUGUUUUAUUUUUUUUGUCUGAGAAAAUCGUAAGAGUAAUAAUGUGAUUAGUCCUAUAAGAUUGUAGUUUAAUUUUCAUAAUGAAUUACAUAACAAAUAGUAAGAAUUAUUUAAGUGUGUAAAAUAUUAAUAAUUAAAAGAAAUAAUACUUAAGGUUUGAAAGUAGAUAAAAUAUUUGUAAUAACAAAGUCAUAAGAGAUAUUGUCUACUAUAUUUACAUUAAUUUUUAAAUAGAAUAUUAUAACAUAUACAUUACACGUAGAUUUUGCGAGAACACUACAACUAAUUAAAAAAGGAAAAGAAAUAAUCAUUUAAUAAUUGGAAUAACCUUUACACAUUUUAUGAAUUCUAAAGAGGAGUGAGAGUCAGAUAAAUUGUUGUACAGCAAAGAAAAAAAUAUCAGAUUUAUCGUCACUGUAAGUUUAAUGGAAUAAAAUAAUUGAAUAUUUACAGAUACAAAAUUUAAAAAGAAAAAUAUCAAAGGAAAUAAUCUUAAAUUACUUUACUAAUCCUAUUAUCUAAAGGAAGAAAAAAACAACAAACUAACAUAGACAUAACAACGACUGCCAUUGAAUAUUGACUGCAGGUGAAUAUUCUGUAUUAACUUGAAAUAAACUUUUUUCUCAUUUUGAACGUUUCUAUUAAACAAAAAAAAAAUAAAAUAGCGUCAAGUAAAAAGGUGUUUGUGUGACAGAUAAUGCCCAACGCACAAUAAAUUUUGUUUAGUAAGCAUGUUUUUGACAUUUCUGUGAGAGUGAGUGAGAUCUAGAUCUAGUUAUCUCGCUCACUCUCACAGAAAUUUUAAAAACAUGUUUACAAACAAAAGUUAUGGUGCGCUGGUCAUAUGCAACAAAAAUAUUACACCCGAAUUAUAUUAUACAUAAUGUAAAUAGAAAAAUGAUAGUUGUACGUGUUUUUAAAAAAGUUGAAAUUGGUAUAAAAUAUGGAGAAGUUUAUCUGCUCGAAUGUUGAAUAUCAUCCUAGUGAAAAGGUCUUUAAAUUGAAGCUAGAAAUGCAUUAAAAAGGACUAUUGCGUCGGGUAACUCAAAUUCUAGCAGUUUUCAAACUUCUGUCAUCUACGAGAAUGAGUCAGUUUGUCAGAAGAAAAAUCCUCAAGGGGUAAGUCAUUGCAGAAACACGAACCACUUGACCAAGAAACAUUUUUUUUGGUAUUGUGAAAAUGUAUCUAAGAAAAACGGAAAUUCUUCGAAAAACGUGGAAGCUUUUUUUGUCGUGAAAAUACUUUUAAAAACGAAAAAAAGUAAUAAAAAAAAACUCGGAAACGAACUUAGAAACGCGGAACCGCUUUCAAGAAUCAUGAAAACGUUUAUUAAAACGCAGCGCAUUCAAGAAACGCGAGAAAUAUCAAAACGUUUCUAAAAACACAGAAAAGCAGAAACAUUUCGAGUAUCGUGGAAACUCGUAUAAGAAACUUAAAGAGUUAUUGAAAAAAAGUAUAAACGGUAUAAACACAUUCAAGAAACGCUGAAACGAAGUAACGUGAAACUAUCCUAGAAGCAUUGAGAAACAACACAGAAAAGCAGAGACGCUUCCAAUUACGGAGAAAUUCUUCGAAGAAACAUAAAAAUAUUUAUUAAAGCACAUCAAUGCAUUCAAGAAACGCAGAAAGAAAAUUAGAAAUGCUUAACUGAAUUCCUUAGAUGUAUUAAAACGUUUCCAGAAACACAGAAAAGCAAACACGUUUCCAGUAUCGUGGAAACUCGUCUAAGAAACAUGAAAAGUUAUUGAAAACACAGAAAUGCAUUCAAGAAACGCAGAAACGAGACUAGAAUCGCAGAACUGUAUCCUAGUUAGAAGUAUUAGGCGUUUCUAGAAUCACAGGAAAGCAGAAACUUUUCUAGUAACGUAGAAAGAGUUUUCGUAAACGCAGAGAUGAAUCCAAGAAACGCUCUGAAAUACGCGGAACUGUAUCUUGACACCUUAUAAACAUUUUUAGAAAUGCAAAAAAUUAGAGGCAUGCCCAUUACCUCAGAAACGCAUCUGAGAAGCACGGAAGCGUUUGCAAAAAUGCAAAAACGCAUUUCAGAGACGCAGAAAAGAUCUUAUAAACACAAAACUAUUUGCUGAAAACAUGUGAAAACGCUAUCUAGAAACGAUAUUAGAACUGCAGGACUCUAUCCGAAAAGCAUUAAAGGGUUCAUAGAAACACAGAAAGGCCAAAAUGUUUCCAGUAACGUUGAAAUACGUCUUAGAAUCAUGAAACUGUGUCAUAGAUGCAUUAAAAAAGUAUAGUUGUUUUCAAAAGCGUUGAAAACAUAUAAUAAGCACGGAAACAUGUGUAAAUAAGCAGAAACGCACUUAAGAUACGCAGGACUUUGUCCUUAGAAGCAAUGAAACGUUUCUAGAAAAUCGGGAAAGCAGAGACUUUUUUAUUAACUUAGAAACGCGUCUGAAAAUCACGAAAACGUUCUUUAAAACGUAGAAACGGAUUUAAGAAACGCUGAAACAAUUAUGAAAAAAAUAUAAAAACGCAUUCAUGAAGAACAGAAAAUUUUCUAAAAUCGCAGAAGCGUACAGAUGAUCCUAGAAACUCAAAACUGUAUCCUUAGAAGCAUUAAAACACUUCUACCAUGCUGAAGCACGUAUUAUAAGUACGAAAACUUUUGUCUGCACGCAGAAACACAUUCAAGGACCGCAAGAACGAUUCUAAAGAAAUUGAACUCCAAAAGUAAAAUCGCAGAAAAUGGAUUAAAGAAACGCCGAAAUAGUUCUAGAAACGCAGAAGCGUUUCCAAAAAACAUGGACAGGUUUAAAGAAACGUAGAAAUGCAAGGGGUAACUCAUUCCCAUUUUUUCUGACAAGGGUUUCUGGUUUCUCGGGUUUCGCGAUGCAAUUCGUGGGUUUCUCGGGUUUCGCGAUGCAAUUUUUGGGUUUCUCGGGUUUCGCGUUGCAAUUUUUGGAUUUCUUGGGUUUCGCGAUGCAGACAUUGGGUUUCUCGGGUUUCUCGGGUUUCGCGAUGCAAUUCUUGGGUUUCUCGGGUUGCGCGAAGCGUUUCUCGGACAAUUGACGAGGAUUUCUCAAUAUGAGUUACCCCUUGUAGAAAUGCGAAAAUGCAGACGAUUCCAAAAAUUUGGGGCUGUAUCCCAAAAAGAACAUGAAAAACUUUCUAGAAAUGCGGAAAUACGUCCAAAAAAUGCAGAAAUAAUAUUGUAAAGUCGCACAAAUGCAUUGAAAAAAACUAGUUGAUUAGCAUGUUAAGAAAUUUAGUUUGAAAUAAGUGCUAGAAAAAAGUUAUAGUAAAUUCUACCUGUGUAAAUCAAAAUAUUGGACAAAAUGGCAGCUUUUGUGAUAGUUUAGUAAGUGAUCAUAGGUGACUCUAAUUCUAGCAGUUUUUGAUGAUAUUUUUCUGUCAGUUACUUGGCAUUUAUUAUAAAAUAGCUAGAAUUAACAUUGAUUAUGCCCAAUGCACAAUAAUUUCUGUUUAGUAAACAUGUUUUUGGCAUUUCAAUGAGAGUAAGUGAGAUCUAGAUCUAGUCAUCUCGCUCAUUCUCAUGGGAAAUUGUGAAAACAUGUUAACAAAACAAAAGUUAUUUUGUGUUUGGCAUUAUUCUAACAGAUUCAUAUAGUGCGACAUUCGUUUAAUGUGUUUCUAGAUUCAACUCAUACGUUUUAAUCUAGAGUGAUAUUCAACAAUCGGGCUUUGGAGAUUAGAAAAUAUUUAAGUUUAAGUAUCUUUCUCCCAACAAAAUUUCUUUUGUGUGCACUAAUUUAACUUUUCUCAAAAAAAAAAAGAAAGGAAGAAAGAAUGAAAGAAACUAACUGUUCUUCGAUUUGUAGGACAUUAACACUAAUCACUAAUUCAAAGUAUAUAAUAUCUGAAAUUUUUUGUCAUCCCACAUUGACAAUUUUAAUCAGUUUAGAAUAAAAUGGAAUAUCUGUAAGAUAUUCAAUAAAUUUGAUAUUCUCCUUAAUUCUACCGGAAGAAAUGAACUUUUAAAUCUAAAUUGUGGUUUCUUCUGUAGGAAAGAAAUGGGAAAAAAAAUAAAAUUAAUAAUAUUGGAAAAUAUAUUUCUCAAAAUUAGUCUGACAUAAACAAAAGUGUAGUCAAGUGUAUAAUUAACACAACAGAAAAAAAAGUAAUAAGACUGGGUUCACAAUUGCACGCAACAUUUUAAUUUUGUAGUCGUGAUUAGUGAAUAAACUGUUUUACCCGAUAAGAUGUCAGCUUUGUAAGUGGAAGAGAAAUUGAAGAAAAAUUUGUGAAAAAAUUGUUAUUACAAUUCUUGCUCUGAGUUUGUCUUAUUUUAAUUUAAAUAAGAAUUGCAUUGGAUAAGAACCAUUAUAUUGUAUCGAGGAACAAGAAUGCCACAAAUAAAAAUAUAUAUGUUAUUAAAA